AUGUCGUCCGCCUCCUUGUCUGGGUCUUCAGACUCCAUCAAGGCUUCUGGACCGUUCUUCCGUUCCGUACCUUUCCAGAUUCUGGUUGCAUGUGGAGUUUCCUUCACGGCCCCGGGCAUGUGGGAUGCGCUCGGUGGACUAGGUGCUGGCGGAGCCGCUGAGCCCUACGCGGUGUCUGCCGCGAACGCUUUGGUAUACGGGCUCUUCGCAGUUGUCUGUGUGGCUGCUGGAGCUAUCAACAACAGGAUUGGCCUAAAAUAUGGACUUGCAUUGGGAGCAAUCGGUUACCCAUUGUACGGCGCAGGUCUAUACACCAACAACGUCUCGGCAAACACCUGGUUCAUGCUCUUCGGCAGUGCUCUCUGUGGCAUCUCCGCUGGAUUCUUCUGGGCUGCCGAAGCUGCGAUUAUCAUCGGAUACCCAUCACCUGGAGAUCGCGCAUUUUACCUCGCUGUAUGGCAGACAGCAAAGGCCCUUGGACCGAUUGUUGGAGGUUCCAUUAACCUAGGCCUGAACGCAAACCGGAAGACGACAGGAUCGGUUUCCUCUACUACAUACAUCGUCUUCAUCGUCAUUAUGUGCCUUGGACUCCCUGUCGCCCUGUGCCUGUCGCCUGCACACAAGGUCUGGAGAAAAGAUGGCACGAGAAUCGUCACUGAGCGUGCGGCAACCUGGCUCGGCGAGUUCAAGGCUGUCGGCAGGCUAUUCGUCAGCCGACGCAUCUUGCUUCUGCUCCCCGCCUUCUUUAUCAGCUACUUCUACAACGGCUUCAUGAGCACUUGGUUGACAACGUACUUUACCGUCCGAGCGCGCGCAUUCUCCAGCUUCUUCACAAACUUCGCCGGCAUCUUCUCCUCGUUCAUCAUCGCGUUUUUGCUCGACAACCCGAAAAUCCACAUCAAAGUCCGCGGUCGCAUAGCAUUCCUCUGCAUCGUCACUCUCCUUAUCGGUACAUGGAUUUGGGCGACAAUCCUUCAGAAACAAUUCUACGACGCAUCGGAGGCCCCGAUAUUCGAUUGGUUCAAUGGCGGCUUUGGGAAGAGUUACGCGCUGGUCUUCUUUUGGCAAUUUGGUGGCCAGGCUUUCCAGCAGUUUCUUUAUUGGCUAGUAGGACAAUACGCGACAGAUCUGAGUAAUCUCAGCCAUCUCACUGGUAUUCUGAGAGGUGUAGAGGCACUGGGCCAGACCGUUGCCUGGGCUAUGCAAUCAGAAGGUGAUGCAAACCACUUUGUCAGCAUCGGUCUCAACUUUGGUAUCACCGUAUUAUGCAUCUUCCCUACUUGGAUCGUCCUUUCAGAGCUGGAAGGAAGCCACGAAGUUCGCGUCACGGAGGAAAUAUCACCAAAGGACAGCGACACGGCUUGA